AGGGAGGCCAUGCAGCAGCCACAGGCAGCCAGCGGCCGGAGUGCUGGCCCCACAGGGACAGGAACCCGCAGAGCGUGGGGGGCCAGCAGCCCCUCACCUUAUCCCUGGGGAGCCCAGGCCCCGCUAGGGCACCUGGGUUCCCACCGUGGACUCCGAGGGCCACCGACUGGCCAGUCCUGGCCUCAGGAGGGAGAGUUCAGCAGCCCCACAGGGUGGCAAGGCUGGGCGGGGCUGGCUCUCCCGGGGCCUGGCCGCUCCCGUGUGCCAGGCUGGACUAGCCCGGCCGGGAAGUGUGGCCUAGGUUAGGGCCCCGGCUGAGCCCAGGGUCGCUGUGAGCUGAGGGCAUCGCCAACCCUCUCCAGCCCCAGGGCUAAAGGGACAGCCCUCCUCGCCGGGAGCUGAGCGCGGGCGGCAGUCCAGCGCGGCCCGCCCUCCCCGCAGGAGGAACCGGUUCUGAAUCAGCCGCGGAGGCACGAGGCUGCGCCUUCCCGGCCCUGCCCCUCCCCCGGCCCUGGCUCGGGCCGCUGGCGCCGUCCCCACUGCGUCCAAAGGCAGCCGGUCCCCCAGCUCCCCCUGCGCAGACCCGCCGGCCGCUCCCGCAGCCUGGCUGACCCCGGACCGGCCUUCCGGACGACCCUCCGACUGCCCACGCCCCGUGUCCGCCCGGGGGACAGGGCGGCGGCCUCGGGGCGGGGGCGCGGCGCCGGCUGCGGGGACCGUGCGACUCGCGGCCUGUGUCCCACGGGCGAGUGUAAACACAGGAGUCGCACCCAGGGGAAGCCGGCGGCCGGGGCCGGCCACGUGCCCGCGACCCCGCGGCGACGGCCGGGCGCCGUGACGUCAUCGGCAGGCGCCGCGCGCCCGGCUGGAGCCGGAAGUGCCGCGGUCGCCGAGCCACGUGCGGACCCUCCCUCAGCCCAGCCGGCGGGGCGUCGGGUCCCUGGCGCCGCCGAGAGCCACACCAUGAGCUUCGUGGGCUACGAGGAGCUGAUCAAGGAGGGCGACACCGCCAUCCUGUCGCUGGGCCACGGGGCGAUGGUGGCGGUGAGCGUGCAGCGCGGGGCGCAGACCCAGACGCGGCACGGCGUCCUGCGGCACUCGGUGGACCUCAUCGGCCGCCCCUUCGGCUCCAAGGUGACCUGCGGCCGCGGCGGCUGGGUGUACGUGCUGCACCCCACGCCCGAGCUCUGGACCCUGAACCUGCCGCACCGCACCCAGAUCCUCUACUCCACUGACAUCGCCCUGCUCACCAUGAUGCUGGACCUGCGGCCUGGCUCUGUGGUGUGUGAGUCCGGCACGGGCAGCGGCUCUGUGUCCCACGCCAUCAUCCGCACCGUGGCGCCCACGGGCCACCUGCACACGGUGGAGUUCCACCAGCAGCGGGCGGAGAAGGCGCGGGAGGAGUUCCGGGAGCACCGCCUGAGCCGCUGGGUGACUGUGCGCAACCAGGACGUGUGCCGCAGCGGCUUCGGCGUGAGCCACGUGGCAGACGCUGUCUUCCUGGACAUCCCGUCGCCGUGGGAGGCCGUGGGCCACGCCUGGGACGCCCUCAAGGCUGAAGGUGGGCGCUUCUGCUCCUUCUCGCCAUGCAUCGAGCAGGUGCAGCGCACGUGCCAGGCGCUGGCAGCCCGCGGCUUCUCGGAGCUGAGCACCGUGGAGGUGCUGCCGCAGGUGUACAGCGUGCGCACCGUCAGCCUGCCCCCGCCCGACCUGGGUGCCGCCCCCGGCUCUGACGCCGGCCCCUUCCGCAGCGGCGCACCCAUGAAGGAGGCCGUGGGCCACACUGGCUACCUGACCUUCGCCACCAAGACCCCGGACUAGCGGGCUGCCCGCCAGGAGGGCGAGGAGUGGGUGGCCUGGGCCAGCAGGGAGGCUCGCGCUGCGGCCGCCUUAUAUGGCCGGGUGCCUGCUGGGCCUGUUUAGACAGAUGGUGGGGUGGGGCUUCCUCGGGGCCCUGGGGGAGGGGGGCCUCCACCCAGCCCAGUGUCCCUUCCAGCUGCUGCUCUUUGCCUCUCGAAGCCCCAUAGCCACGGGCUCCUCUGGGUCCGAGCCCAGGGAUGAGGUGGGGGCCCCAGGCAGGGAAAGAGGUGGGGGAGCAGAGGCUGAAGGGGGGCAGGAAGCACCCGCCCUGAUGCUUCCUGUCGCCUGGUGCAGUGGACCCCCGGCCCCCGAGGCCCAGCUCCCAUGAACCCUACCCUGGACCCUGCCCACCCUCCCCAGCGCUGGUGGGCCAGCCUGGCCCAGCCACUAGGGAGAGGCGGCCCCGCCUUGUUCCGUUGUUUGCUGCACACCCUGUCCGUCUGUCCCAGGAACAGCCCCGCCUGCCUCCUCUGCCUGCUCGGAGCUGCCUUCUGCUCCGGGACACAUGGCCUCCAUCACCUAGGAGCCGGGCUUGGAACCGUAGGAGCCCCUGUUGCUCAACCCCAGGAUGGAGGGCAGGACACCAGGGCCGGGGCACACGUCACCUGCCUGACCUGGCCUCCAGCUGGCAGGUGGCUGGCAUCCCUGCCCCUGCACACGGGCCUGGCGUCUGCUCCAGCCCUGGGACCAUGCGCACAGCCCGCCUGGUGGAGAAUAAACACGCGCCCUGCCCUGCA